AUGCAAAGUCCUGAUAAAACAGGUUUUAGUUGCGUGGCUUGUGAUCGUCCGGAUGAUGCAGAGUCCCAAAUGGUUUUUUGUGACCACUGCCAACAGUGGUACCAUUUCGGCUGUGUUGGCGUCACAGCAGAAGUAAAGGACAUUUCUUGGUGCUGUCAAAAGUGCAGUGGAGGUGGUAGUGAUGACUCCGGUUCGUCCGAGCUGCAAGAGGAGUUGAAGAAGCUCGAAAAGGAGAAGAAGAAGCAGAAGCGGGAACUGGAAAGAGAGAAGAUUUUGCAUCGAAAGCGCCUGGAGGUCCAACAGGAAUUGUUUGAGAUGCGCCAACAGCUGGAAAAAGAAAAACGGGACAUGGAACUGGAGUUCGAGAAGGCACAAAUAGAAAAGAAGAUCGCCGAAGAAGAAGCCCACCAGAGGAAACUGGACGAAAUGCGGACGGAGAUGGAAGAGAAGCUGCAGCAGUUGAAGCUAAAGCGGAAAACGGAAACGGACAAUGGAAAAAAGAAGUUGAAAGGAGCUGUCGGUGGUGUCAAAGUGGGAAGCUCGAAAAGCGGAACAAGGAAGAUUGCGGAAUUGGAGCAUUCGAAGCUGGGGAAAAACCUCGAGAAGAAAAAGUCGGGGAACGAAAAGCCCGAAAAAGCGGAUGCAGCGAUUGCGAAAUUCAACGAUCCGAGAGGAGCCUACCGCAAACACUCGACGCCGACAGUUGCUCAGAAACUCGCACCAAAGUCGGUUGGAUAUCCAUCAACGCUGCCGGAGAGUUUUCUAAUCGGGCGCGAUAGAAAUUCGACGCCCGUCGGACGCCCAGGGGUUCCCAAACCGGGAAAGGUGAAGCGUAGCGAGAAGUGGCAGAUAGCGGAAGAAGAGUCGGAGUCUGAAACGAGUUCCGAAGAAGUAGAAGAAGAAGAGUCCGCUGAAGAGGAGGAAAGCCAAGAAGAAGAAGAAAGUUCCAUCCAGGACGAAGAGAGCUCUUCGGAGGAGGAAGAGGGCUGUAAGGAAGAAGAAAGUUCGGAGAAGUCUGAAGAAGAGAGAGACUGGGAGAAGUCACGCAAGAAGCAAGAAGAAGUCAGACGCGGUCGACAAAAUCGUCAGCGCGAGCCAACGAAGGCGCAGAUGUCCGCUCGGCAAUUCCUGUCCAGAAAGUUGCCGACAUUUUCCGGAAAGUUAGAAGAGUGGCCGAUGUUCGUCAGUAGCUACGAAACGUCUACGAAGGCGUGUGGAUUUUCCGACGUGGAGAAUUUGGCACGGCUACAAGAGUGCCUGAAAGGAGAGGCGCUGGAAGCAGUCAGGAGCAGGUUGCUUCUACCGAAAUCGGUCUCCAAGAUCAUCGAGACACUGCGCAUGUUGUAUGGCAGGCCAGAGCGACUUCUCAAUAUGCUGUUGUCGAAAGUCCGCAACGCAGCGCCACCGAAGGCGGAUCGGUUGGCAAGCUUCAUUAGCUUUGGGAUAGUUGUUCAACAGCUUGCUGAUCACCUGGAAGCUACCGGGCUAACAACCCAUUUGGUAAAUCCAAUGCUCAUCCAAGAGCUGACAGAGAAGCUCCCGGCAGGAACCCAGCUGGAAUGGGUACGGUAUCGCAGGAAAAGCAAAACGGUGACUUUGCGAUCGCUAUCAAACUUCCUAUCAAAUAUAGUAAAGGAUGCUAGCGAAGUUGCUGCGUACGGAGAAGGGUCUUUCCGAACCGGAGAACUCGGGUCGAAGAUAGGGAAAUCGAGAAGCCGAGCGAACGACGGCUACGUGCACUCGCAUGACGUGGCGGAGAACAGGAGUUCGAGCCCACCCUUAAGAGAGAGGAAGCCCUGCAGGAUCUGUGGCAGAAUGGAUCACCGGAUACGGAACUGCGAUAGAUUUCGAAGACUUCAACUCGGGGAACGAUGGGAAGCCGUGCGCAGAUGGAAGCUGUGCCAACUUUGUUUAAACGAGCACGGAACUGCCGGCUGCAAACUAAGGUUCCGUUGCAACGUCGAAGGCUGUAAGGAGCGACACAACCCACUGCUUCAUUUCGUCAGGCCAGCCGAAGGACUGAAUUGCAAUGUCCACGCAGUGCAUCCAAAGCCUACCGUGAUUUUUCGCAUGAUGCCCGUCACCUUGUACUGCGGAAAACAUGCGGUGAACACUAUCGCAUUUCUGGAUGAAGGAUCAUCGUAUACGCUAGUCGAAAAGGGACUAGUUAAUCAGCUAGGAGUCCGAGGUGUGACACAAUCGCUACGAGUAACGUGGACCGCCGGAGUUUCUCGGAUUGAAAAGGAUUCGCAGUGCGUUAGUCUGUCUAUCUCCGCGAAAGGAUCUGCACAACGUUUUAUAAUCAAAAGCGCCCACACGGUGGAUAGCUUGAAGCUACCACGGCAUACGAUAGAUGUUUCAGAAGUAGUGAAGCAAUACGCGCACCUCCGAGGUCUGCCGAUCGCAGAUGUCCAGCACGCCGCUCCACAGAUUUUAAUCGGGCUGAAGGAUAUUCACCUUUACGCGCCGCUCGAGUCGCGAAUUGGUCGACCAGAGGAGCCGAUAGCCGUAAGGUCGAAGCUAGGUUGGUCUGUAUAUGGGCCGACAGGAUCGGAGAAUGCGAACAACGGAAUCGUCGGAUACCAUUCAUGUAGCUUGGUAUCAAAUCAGGAGUUGCAUGAUCUCCUGAAGAGCCAUUAUACGCUGGAGGAGUCCGGCAUUUCCAUCGCCUUGCUCCCGGAGCCAAAAGAAGAUAGAAGAGCGAAGGAGAUUUUGAAGAAGACUACUAGAAGAAUCGGUCAUCGAUUUGAAACGGGUCUGCUAUGGAAGGACGACAAUACCGAAUUUCCCGACAGCUACCCUAUGGCAGUCAAGCGACUGUCGUGUCUGGAGAAACGCCUGAUGAAGGACCCCGAGCUGUAUGCCAGAGUUCGCAUCAUGAUCGCCGAUCUUCUCGCUAAAGGCUACGCGCACGAAGCGACAGAGACAGAGCUGAUAGCAUUGGAUUGCAGCAAGGUGUGGUAUGUCCCACUUAACAUCGUCUACAACCCAAGAAAAAAGAAGUAUCGGCUGGUGUGGGACGCCAGAGCGGAAGUGAGAGGAGUGUCGCUCAACUCAAAGUUGCUGAAGGGUCCGGAUAUGCUGACUGCCUUGCCGGCAGUGAUCUGUAAGUUUCGGGAGCGAGAAGUUGGUUUCGGAGCAGAUAUAAAGGAGAUGUAUCAUCAGCUGCGGAUUAGAGAAGAAGAUAAGCGAGCACAAAGAUUCCUAUUCCGGAACGAUACGUCAGAGAAGCCAACUGUGUAUGUAAUGGACGUGGCGACCUUCGGGUCAACGAGUUCACCGUGUUCGGCGCAGUUCGUAAAAAAUCUGAACGCGAAGGAGUUCGCGGGACAGUUCCCGGCGGCGGCGGUGGCCAUCGUUGAAAACCACUAUGUCGACGACUACUUUGAUAGCGCGAACACGAUCGAGGAAGCUGUGAAACGGGCCAAAGAGGUACGAUACGUUCACUCCAGAGGCGGUUUCGAGCUCCGUAACUGGGUCUCGAGCUCCGAAGAUUUUCUGGAGGCCAUGGGAGAACGUAAAAAGGAUCAGUGCGUACGUUUCAACGAAGAUAAGGAGUCCGGAUUCGAGCGAGUUCUGGGGAUCGUGUGGAGCCCUGCGAGCGACGAGUUUUCGUUUUCCACCAAACCAAGAGUCGAUCUGGUGCCGUUCUUGUCCGGCGAGAAGCUACCAACGAAAAGGAUCGUGUUGAGCUGCGUGAUGAGCUUUUUCGACCCGUUAGGACUGCUGUCUGUUUUCACUUUCUACGGGAAGCUGCUGAUCCAAGAUUUGUGGCGUAGCGGAUGUGAGUGGGACCAGCAGAUCGGCGAAGAGUCCGCGGAGAAAUGGAAUAAUUGGAUCCGAAGGCUCCCGGAAGUCGACGAAGUCCGCAUUCCACGCUACUAUUUUUGUGGCGGAUAUUCGCUGCAAUAUGACAGUUUGCAACUGCAUGUAUUUGUAGACGCAAGCCAGGACGCGUACGGCGCCGCUGCGUACAUCCGUAUAGAGACAGCCACCGGACCGUUGUGUUCGCUCAUGAUGUCGAGGUCCAAGGUGGCACCAUUGCAACACAUGUCAAUACCACGUCUGGAGCUGCAAGCGGCAGUUUUGGGAGCAAGGUUGGCAAAUUCCGCCGGCGAAAUCCUUUCACUAGAGGUAAAGCAGCGUUUCAUGUGGUCCGACUCGAAGACUGUGCUGUCGUGGAUUCACCUGACCACCGUCGAAUGGAAUUGGGUUCCAACGAAGUCCAACGUAGCCGACGCGUUGACAAAGUGGGAGAAAACGCACAGCCUGCGAUCAGACGGACCAUGGUUCCGCGGUCCGGAGUUCCUGUACCAGCCGGAAAGCUGUUGGCCGGCGCAAGAAAUAGUUACACCGAACACCAACGAGGAAACCCGUGUGUGCUUGCACUUCCAUGAGAUGUCAGUAACUGAAUCCGUAGUAGACCUGCUGCGGUUUUCUAAGUGGAAGGUCCUAGUCCGGACGGUGGCGUGUGCUUACCUAUUCGCAUCAAACUGCAGAAGAAAACGAGAUGGGCUGGAAAUCGAGGCCGUUCCGGCCGCUACAAGAAUUAGGAGCGUGGUCAAAGAAAAUGUGCGAACGAAAAUAGUGCCACUGAAGCGAGACGAGUACCAGAAGGCGGAGAUGUAUCUUUGGAGAUCGGCUCAAGCUGAUUGCUUUGUGGACGAGAUUCGCGUGCUCAAAAAGAACCAGCAGCUGCCGUACCAGCAGCGCCAUCAAGUGGAGAAGACAAGCAGCCUGUACGCCCUGAGUCCUUUCCUGGACGCCGAAGACGUACUACGGAUGGAGGGCAGAAUAGCGCAAGGAUCAUCGCUGCCAUUCGAGCUGCGAUUCCCGAUUAUUUUGCCGAAAAAGCACCCAUCCGCGACAAGCUGCUUGAGUACUAUCACCAGCGGGUAG